AUGUCACAUGGGAACUCGUGCCCUUACCUCAUGGAAAGAAGACAAUAUAAAGCUAGAUUGUUGGCGAAGGGAUACACACAGAGAUAUGGGAUAGACUACGAGGAGACCUUUGCCCCCAUAGCCAAGAUUAACAUUAUUAGAGUCCUAUUAUCUCUAGUAGCAAAUCUCGAUUGGCAACUACAUCAGUUUGAUGUCAAAAAUGCAUUCUUACAUGAAGACUUGGAAGAAGAAUUUGAGAUGAAGGAUAUAGGUGAUCUGAAGUACUUUUUCGGAAUCAAAGUAGCAAUGUCAAAAACUGGUAUAUUUCUGUCUCAAAGGAAGUAUGUAAUGGAUCUACUCACUAAAACUGGAAUGCUUGGAUGUAAGCCUGCUGACACACCCAUUGAGAUGAAUCACAAGUUGUGUGAAGACAUGGACCAAGAACCAACCAAUAAGGAACAGUACCAACGCCUUGUUGGAAGAUACUUAAAGUCAGCCCUUGGGAAAGGAUUAAUGUUCUCAAAAAAUGGGGAUCUUGAAGUUGUUGGAUAUACAUAUGCUGAUUGGAUUGGUUCCAUUACAGAUAGACGCUCUACUUCUGGUUACUUCACAUUCGUGGGAGGUAACCUAGUCACUUUUCAGAGUAAAAAGCAAAAUGUGGUUUCUCGUUCUAGUGCAUAA